AAGUGGCGAGCAAGUGGGUUUUUCCAAGCUCUAACAGCGACUACUUCACUCACUCCUACUUCAUCCAUAAAGGCGGGUGUACUUCAAACUCCUGAGCAGUGCCGUUUCGCGAAUCACGUGCAACUAAAUCAACAUCAACAUACAGUAUGUCACAAUAAUAGAGGAUGUCAUGUGCUUCCUUUCAGCUCUUCUCGCUUGGUGCUCUUUUCAGAUCUGUGAAAUUAUGGGUUAACCUUUACACAAUCAGCAAUCUGCGGAUCUUUGUAAAACCUACCUCUGACUUAUAGAGCCGCUCUGGAUGGAUUUUGAUAUCCAGUCACAGAGUGAGUGACGCCGUAUAUAGAGUCUAUACGACGUUGUCCAUAACCAAACAGGAGUCCGGUCUUGACAGGGCAUUUACCGAGGCACGGUCGGUUUUGCAUCUCAUUGACAUAGCUUUAACUAGCAAAACAAUAAUUUCAGAUCUUGUGAAUCAUAACCAGCUGGUAACAGGUGCAUCCGAUAAACCACGACAGGACUCGUUCAUGCAGGUAUACAAGUAUCAUGUCUUAUACUCCAUCACAUUCCGAGUCAGAAAAUGAAGAAAACCGACCAUUGAUCCAGAAUAAUGGUACAGAAGCAAGACAGAGAGAAGAGGCAUCAUGUCAGUGGAUUCAGGCAAGGCAUGUCUUGGCACUCAUGGCCUUCAUUGGGUUCUUCAAUGUCUACUGUCUUCGCGUCAACCUUAGUAUGGCACUGGUUGCCAUGGUGAACACAUCUUCCACCGCUACCAACAAUGACUCCAUCUCCCAAUGCAAACCGUUGUACAACACGUCAAGUCCUUCACAAAAUAUUGGAGAGUUCAAUUGGGAUGAACAGACACAAGGCUUCAUCCUUGGUGCCUUCUUCUAUGGUUACGUCACGACACAGGUGCCGGGAGGAUUCCUGGCAGAGAAAUAUGGGGCCAAGCGUAUCUUUGGAUUUGGAGUUCUGUCCACAUCAGUCCUCACACUGUUCACACCUCUAGCAGCCCGCUGGCACCUCUACGCUUUCUACGCCCUCAGAAUCCUGGAGGGAAUAGGGGAGGGUGUGACAUUUCCAGCUAUGCAUGCGAUGUGGGGGAACUGGGCCCCGGUCUGGGAGCGGAGUAAACUUGCAGGUUUCUCCUACUCAGGAUCUUGGCUUGGAACAGUGGUCUCAAUGCCCAUAUCUGGAGUGCUGUGUGUGUCGAACAUUCUUGGGGGAUGGCCGUCAGUCUUCUAUAUAUUUGGUGCUGUAAGCUGUGUAUGGGUGCUGGCCUGGUUCUGUCUGAUACACGAAACACCAGCUGACCAUCCUCGUAUUUCAAAAUCAGAGAAGGAGUAUAUCGAGAACUCUAUCGGGAAAAGGGAGAGACUACCCACCCCAUGGAAGAAGAUCUUCAGCAGUAGUGCAUUGUGGGGGAUUGCUGUGGUCAGUUUUACCAACAACUGGGGCAGCUACGUCUUUCUGACAUGUCUGCCAACAUUCAUGCAGCGAAUUCUCAAGUUUGACAUCAAAUCUGAUGGUCUGCUGUCGGCACUGCCAUAUAUAGCAAUAUGGAUCUCACAGAUGAUGUCUGGGUUCAUCGCAGACUAUCUCCGAACACACAACUACCUCAGUACUGUUGGCACCCGUCGGUUAAUGACAUCACUUGGUGAACUGCUGCCAGCUGUUGGUGUCAUUGGUGUCAGCUAUGUUGGUUGUGACCAUAUUUGGGCGGUGAUCCUUUUGACUGUUGCCUUUGGGACAAAUGGAUUUGGUAUGGGGGGUUUCAACAUCAAUCACCUUGAUAUUGAGCCCAAGUUUGCAGGUGUGAUGCUGGGGAUUACUAACGGUAUAGCCUCCAUCCCAGGAUUCCUAGCACCGGCAGUCGUGGGCUACAUCACCAACAACAGGGAAACUGUUGAGAGUUGGAGCUAUGUCUUUUAUCUGACUGCUGGGAUCUAUGUCUUUGGUGCCCUGGUAUAUCUUGUUCUGGCCCGGGGAGAUGAAAUGGCAUGGGCAAGGGAGAGGCCAUUGCAUAUCAGCUCUGUCAAUGAGAAUAGCAGCAAUAUACAGACAAACAGACAGACAUGGCCGCCUCCUCAACAGGACGUCCACAUCCCUCCACCCCCUGACUACACAGAAACAUGACGUCACCAGUAAACCAUGUGCUUCCAUGUGGACAAUAGGAACAUCAGUGUGAUUGUAAUGAGUUUGAGUACCAGCUUUGACCCAGUCAGGAGAUCUGUUGAUGAAUAGACAACUUCUUUAUUGCAGCGGAUGUGAUGUUUCAGUGUAGAUCCUAACACUGUUAUUCAGCAAAGUUAGUUGUUUUUUUCAAGGGUUCCAUGAAAGUGAUAAAUGCGAUGUCCCACAGUUUAUUGUGAUGAGGGAAUCUCCAUAUAUUGCUCAAUGUUAAACUCAGGCAAGUUGUUCCUGCUCUGAAAUAUGGUUGCUGGACAACAUUGUUUUCAUAAAUUAUUUUGAAACUUUGGUGACCUGUAUGUCACUUCCAGUUUAUUUUGUCACCAUAUACAUUUUAGCAAAGUUUACUUGAAGGCACUUUGUACGAGGGUCGCUCAAAAAGUACUCGGCUAUAACUAUAUUCUCGAUGUCCAAUGUUUGAAAAGGUUCCAUUAUUUUAAAGGAAUCAUUAGCAAAGCCAUAUCCAAAAUUUCACAUAUGUGGGUAAUGUGGUCAAUGAGAUAUUAGU